AAACUCCGUCAACUCACAGAGAAAAACCUGCGAGGCUGGAUGUCUGUCAGAGAGGAGGCUCAGAUGAGCGUGGACGCGGAGAGCGCAGGACGCAGAAUGGAGGGUCAGUGCCGGUCGUCUCAGAAGUACCUGCUGCUGCAUGUGUGGUGCGGACUCCUCACCAUGGCCCUGGUCAUCAUGGCCGCCUUUAUCGCCUCCAUCAAACCAAAAUCUGAGCAACCCAGCGGCUCCCAGGAAAACUCUCCAGCAGCCAGCGCUCGCUUUUCCCCGGAGGGACUUGUUGGAAAGUCGUCUUCCUAUAUUGAACUGGAAACACACUUUCGUGAAAACGUGUGGAUGAAACACGUGGCCUGUGAGUCCUGCUCCCUCUGCCUCCAUCAGGACUCCAUCUACGUCAACAGCAGCAGGCACGAGAGGGCCCUCUUCUUCUUCUACGCCCAGGUGGUUUUCAGGAAGAACCUCACUCACAACCAUGUGAUGCUGAUAAGAAAUGCCACGGAAUAUCCAAAGAAGGACGAGAGGGUUUUGGUGACGGGCGAGUCGAUGGCGGUCGGGUCGGUCUGGUUGGGGAAGAUGGUGACUCUGACCGGAGGCGACAGCGUGAGGCUGAGCAUCACAGGAGAAUAUAGCAGAACCGAGUCGUUCUGGGGAGCUUUCCAGCUCCAUUAACGUCUGGAUGGACCGCUGCAACUCAUGAGCUGCCCAAUCAUUUGGUUUGAUUUGUUUCCCCAAAUCCAUUUCUGAAGUAUUUCCAUUCCUCCUGUGGCCAACGUGGAACACUAACUCCAUCAGAUGCAGAUUUUACUCCCAAUCGUCGGAUAACAGGCCCGUUUUCUCAGUCCUGCUGGUUUAGUGAAGGUCAUCCUGAGUUUGAAGCCAGUAGAAAGUUUAAGUGAAUGUAAACUGUGAACGGGCCAUAAAAAACCUCCUUCACUCAUAUUUUGUAACUUCUCUGUGUGUUUUAUAAUUUAUAAUUAAAUAUUGUUUGUUUCGAAGCAAACCA